CUAGCGCGCGCGCGUUUACGUUGUUGCGGAGAGAAUGUCAUUGAAAAUUUCAUCAAAUCAAACCGUUGUUGCGUUGUGGAAAUAGCACUAGAUUUUGUCGUGACUUGAAAUUUUACUGGUUCUAUUAAUACACAAACAAAAUGGUAAAACGCAAAAACCAAGCUUUAAUAGAUAGUGACUCGAGCAAUGAUUCUGGAAGUGAUUUAGAUUCGGAGUUUUUGAAGUUAGCCAAGAAGAAAAACAGAAAGAAAAGGUCACCACAAGCAAAGUCUUCUUCCGAAUCUGAAGCAGAAAGUGACAGCUCCACUAAGAAUAAGAAAAAAGCCAAACGUGACUCUAUAUCUUCCGAUUCUGAGUCGGAAAAAGACGAGAAGAAGGAUGAAAGAAAUUCAGAGCCCGAAGAAGGGGAAGUGUCAGAUUCUUCCAGUUCGGAUGAAGAAUUUAAUGACGGGUAUGACGAUCAACUGAUGGGUGAUGAAGAAGAUAGAGCCAGAUUGGCGGCAUUGACCGAAAAGGAGAGGGAAACUGAAAUCUUUAAACGUAUUGAGCAAAGGGAACUUAUGAAAACUAGGUUUGAAAUAGAAAAGAAGUUGCGUCAGGCUAGGAAGGCUGAGCGUGCCAAAGAUAAAUCAUCCAAGCCGCCUAGAGAGAAAGACAGGGACAAAGACAAAGACUUUCAGAACAAGUUGCAAACUGAUUUUAGUUCGAUUGAUCACAAGGAAAGGAGUAAGGAGCGUAAGAAAAAUAUCGAAGAGAAUAGAGGAAAAGUAGAUAAACGUGUCAAUGCUAUGGCGCAGUUGAAAGCUAAACGAGAAGGCAAGAUCAAGAGGGAAGAGGCUGAGGAGGAGAGGAAGAAGAAAGAGGAGCAGAAGAAGAAGGACGAGGAAGAACAGACGCUGUCGACGAAAGUUGAAACAAAGUUGAAGGCAUCCGAUAUUUAUUCAGAUGAUAGUGAAAGUGAAGGUGGUAAAAGUUCACCCCAGCCUCAAAGGCAGACCUCCUCGGCAUCGGUGCGAUCCCGUUCAAGGUCUCGGUCCUCGUACACGUCCAGCUCCAGCGAGAACGAAAACGAGGAGGAAGAAUCUAAGAAACCAGCCUACGUGCCUCCUAGGCAAGACCUUAACCUCAUCCGUCUCUCUAGGCAUAAAUUAGAAAGGUUCGUUCACAUGCCGUUCUUUGACCGCAUAGCCAAGGGGUGUUUCGUCAAAGUAGGAAUUGGACAACACAACAACGCCUCGGUGUACAGGGUAGCCGAGGUUAUUGGAGUGUACGAAACGGCGAAAAUUUAUAACUUAGGGAAUACUAAAACUAAUAAGGGACUUAAAGUAAGGCAUGGCUCGUCCGAGAGAGUCUUUAGGUUAGAAUUUAUAUCAAAUCAAGAAUUCACUGAAUCCGAAUAUUUAAAAUGGAUAGAGGCGAGUGCGGCGGCGGGCAAUGAAUUACCAACCAAAGCGAAAAUUGAACAAAAGCAAGCCGACAUAAAAGAAGCGAUCAGCUACGAGUUCAAUGAACAAGACGUUGAGAGAAUCAUCCAAGAAAAGCAACGUUUCAAAUCGAACCCGUUCAAUUACGCUAUGAGAAAGACGCAACUGAUGAAAGAGAGGGAUUCAGCGCUGAGUAGGGGCGACGAAGAGGUGGCCAGAGAGUUGGCUCAGAAAUUGGCAGAUCUGGAGGAGAGGGCAACUGAAUUGGACAAGCUGCGUACCUCAACUAUAUCGAGUAUCUCUUAUAUAAACGAUAGGAAUAGGAAGAAAAACGUCGAAGAGGCGGAAAAAGCAAUCAUGGCAGAAGUUAGGGCAAAUAAGGGAAAAAAGGUCGACGAUCCUUUCACGAGGCGAUCGACGAAGCCCAGGAUGAACUUUAGGGCGGGCGAAAAGGAAGCGAGAGACGCGGCCGCGGCGAUGGUGCCCAUCCACGACAAGAAGGACCAAACUCCCGUUCAAAAAGAGACCGUCAAGAAAACCGCUCAACCGGCCCAAGUUACUCAGGACGAUUUAUUCUCAGCUCACGAUUUUGAUAUUAAGAUAGAUCUAGAAGUCCCCCUACCAGCGACUCCAGUGAAUGUGGUACCGAAGACAGUCACGAAAGACCUAGCUCCGAGGAGAAGUUUAAACUUGCAAGACUACAAGAAAAAAAGAGGACUUAUAUAGUAUUUCUUAUACUAAUUAUUUAGGUUGUAACUAAUUAAUAAUUAAUUUAAGAUUAAUUAGUGAGUUAGCCGUUAAUAGUGUAUUACGGUUGAACUAAAAAGUAUUAGUACUUUUUGAAUUUUAACGUGCAUAUUUUGUAACUUUUAUUUUAUAUUAUUUAUUGUUGAAUACAUUCAGGAUUGAUUUUAUGAAUAAUUUUCCAUUAUUCCGACAUAAACUGCGCUAGUGUCGUUAUUACGCAAAUAAAUUGUUUUCCUUUUA